AUGAAAAACACCCGACUAGAAGGAAGACUCGAUUCUACUAGUGCAAUCACAAUUCACACCACAACAUCCACGCUGGCGGCGCAAAACAGCAGCCGCCGGAAAACGGUGCACGCCGCCCCACACGACAGCCUUUUCACCUUCCCGACAACCACCUCCGGCAGCCGUAGCCCCUCUCUUCUCUUCUUCCUCCUCCUCCGCCGCCGCCUCAGCCCCACCUCCUCCUCCGUCCUCCGGCCGGCGGCGGCGGCGGCGGCGGCCGCCCUCUCCCUCACCCUCGCGAAGCACUUCACGGCCUUCUCGGGAAUCGUCCCUUCCUCCUCCCUCGUACAUCUGCCGGCACGAAAUGCCGUCGACCACCCGGCUGCGCGGCCGGGCGCCGCCUCGGCCGGCGGCCGACCGUACGAACUCGGCGUCGGACUCCGGCCACUUGUGGAGGCUGGCGUAAUUGACGCGGAUUGGGUUGCGCGUGUCGCUCACGCAACUUGA